UGCAGUCACUCAAAUCACAGCAACUUCACAAAUUGAUUCUAACAAUCCUCUCUAUAUUCACUCAUCAGACUCCCCUGGGAUGAGCUUGGUAAACUUCAUCUUCGAUGGAAGAGGUUUCCAAGGUUGGAGAAGGACUAUUCUCAUUGCUCUUUCGGCCAAGAACAAGCUUGGGUUCAUCGAUGGAACCUGCAAGAUGCCAGACCCAGAUUCAUCAGGUUUUCAUGCAUGGAAUAGGUGCAAUGAUAUGGUAACUUCUUGGUUGCUUAAUUCUCUAUCAAAAGACAUAGCAGAUAGUGUAAUUUACUCAAAAACUGCUAAGGAUUUAUACACAGAUCUAGAGCAAAGGUUUGGACAAUCAAAUGGUGCUAAGUUGUUUCAUUUGCAAAAAGAACUAAGUGAUAUAGUUCAGGGAAACACUGAUGUAGCAGGUUAUUACACUAAGAUUAAGAGGCUUUGGGAUGAGCUAGACUCUUUAAACGCAGAUAACAAGUGCAACUGUAAUUGCACCUGUGGAGGUAAGGAUAAGCUAGACAAGUGUCUUCAAGAUGAAAGGCUAAUCAAGUUUCUAAUGGGGUUAAAUGAUACCUAUAGCUCAGCUAGAAGCAACAUUCUCAUGCUUAAACCUUUGCCUAGCCUAAACCAUGCUUACUCACUACUCUUGCAAGAUGAGAAUCAAAGGGAAUCCUAUGCUAAUGCAAAUGGAUACACAGGAUCCUCAUCUUUCAUGGCAGGAAAACAAGCAAACAUGAAUGCUCAUACAGAUAACCAAGCUUAUUCUGUUAAUCAAGUCUAUGCUGGACAGAAGAACGGGGGAACAAAUCAAGGAGGAUGGGAAAACAGGUCACAGCAAAGGUACCAAGUUAAGCAAAGCAACUUAUACUGUACCUAUUGCAAAAAGACAAAUCACACUAGGAAAGGAUGCUACAGGCUCAUUGGGUUUCCCCCUGAUUUCAAAUUCACCAAGGGAAAUAAAUUUCAACAACCUGCAGCAAAAAGCAACUCUGUGUCAGUUGAUGAAACUGAAGGGAUGAACAAAAUGAUGCAUGCUAACACAAGCAUGGCAAACAAUCCAAACCAUUACUUGACUGAUGAAGAAUACAAUGAGGCUGUCCUUCACUACAGAGGAAAGAAAAUGGCAGAAACUCCAACUCCUGGCACAACAUCUGAAUCUAUAGCACAUGGAAAUGUUAAUGCAGCUGCUGGCCCCUUUUAUGAAGAGGGCUCAAGCUUUUGGUGAAUCUAAGGAUGGACUAUUUCUUCUUCAACCUGAUAGGACCACUAAUAGUUUUUGUUCUAAGGGCAGUAGCAGUGUAGUAGGUUCAAAGAAAGUUUCUAAUUCUGUUUCAGUUUCAUUUUCUGUUCCCAUUUCCAUUCAAUCAAAAUCCGAUGUAAUUUUAUGGCAUAAAAGAUUGGGGCAUUUGCCUUUCCAUGCAAUGAAAUACAUUGGUUCUUUUA